GGCAGAGAAGCAUAAAAUAAAACACGCACCACCAUUCUUACAACACCAAGCCUUAAUCACCUCUCACCUUCUUCAUCUCUACCAUUAGACUUUACUCUUCAACAACAACCACCAUUGUAACAACAAAUCACGACCACCUUAAACCAUUCACUCACAUAAAAAACCAUCAAACACAGUCAAAAUCAAAGAACAUAAAUCAGAACAAACAGAACAAGCAAGAAGAAGCAGAGGAAAGAAAAGAAGGAGAGGUUUUCGCCGCACACCGCCGCAACCACCUCUUCCGUCGCGAAUUCGCCGUGCACCACCGCAAACCACAGUUAAUUCGCCGUGUAUAAUCCUUUUUGUGGUUGCAAUUUUUUUUUCAAAUCUCAGUUAAUGGAAAGAUGAAAUGUAAAUUUGGGAAUGAUGUGCAAAUUUGGGAAUGGUGGAUUUUGUUGUUGUUGAUUUUUUUUGUUAAUGAAUUUUUAAGUUGUUUUGUGAUUUUUUUCUAGAUUUUGUUGAUGAUGAUUUUUCUGGAUUUUUUAUGAAUUGAAUGAAGAUGAGGAUGAAGAUGAAGAAGGAGAGAGGGAAUGAAGUGUUUGUGCUUCAUUAUUAGAUAUCAUGGAUUUGCAAGAUCUAAAGGUAUAGAUUUAAGUAAAAGAUCAAAUGGUGAUAAUUAGAAUUUUAAUGAGGUUUAUGAUAGACCACUUUCAAUGUUGGUCCACCUAAUACAUUUGUGGUUGAUAAAUUAACGGAAGGGACCAAAAUGAUUAACGGAAAUGUACCAUUCCGGAUUUUUUUUUCUUUAAGGGACCAUUAUGAAACCUUAAAUAUCUUUAAGGGACAAAAAAAAAACUAAUUAAGCCAAGAAUGUAAUAAAGAUUCCUGGUAACUAACAAUUCUACCCAACACCUUUUAAGAAAAUUUAUUCCAGGAAACUUAUUCCUGGAUUUAACUUUUUAUACCGUGAAACAAACGCCCCCUAAUGAGAUGGAAAAGGAAGAAGAAGAUCGUAGAAGAGAAGCAGCGAUUUCAUCAUCACCUUGUCUGCAACCCAAUUUCAAUCCCAAAGGCGUUACUCAAGAUCAACUCUCCAAAUUUCGUGAACUGCACAGGAAGCGCUUACAAUUGAAGUCUAAAUCAAAGUUUAAGACAAAACCCAAAGAUGAGUCCAAGAAGAAGGCACAAGGAAAUGAUGUAUAUAACAAGAACGGUGGAGCUCAAGGAUUAAAAAUUGAUAACAAUGAACAAAGCCUACGGAAUAGUUGUGAAAGCUUUGAUUUGAAAAAUGAAGAGUCAAGGAGCGGUGUUUCGGUUCUUUCUGCAUCAAAGAAACCAAAAUUGCAUUGGGGGCUUGAUACCAAGGAGAGGUGGGAGAGGAAAUCCAACAUGUAGAUAUCAUCAUGUAACUGCAAUGAAGAAUCCAUCAAAAUUUUGUCAUAAUGUUCUGUAAAUUAGUAUUAGCUAUCCAUUUUUCGGGGUUAAGUUGACAUGUAUAAUCACGGUUCUCACUAUAACAAAAUUUGAACAAAUUGUUAUUUCGGCAAUCUACAAUUGACUAUAAACACCUUUGACAGGUUAAUUUUAUUCA